GGCGCGCACGGGCGCUCCCCCGGCUCCUGCUUUCCCUCCAAAUCGCCCGCUCCACGGCACCGCCCGCCCGCCUCAUGCGACGUCCUCCCUCCCGUCUCCUCGCACCUCGCCGCCUCGCUACGCCGCCGUCCUCUAUCCUCUCAUGGCGGAGAGGCCACCUCUACCCUUCUCCUCUCCCGAGCAGGCCUCUUCCGCCACCCCCUUCGGCUCCCCGCUCGAGCCCGUCGCCGCACCGCGCCAGCUCAAGCCGCCGCCGGGCGAAACCUACGUCGUCAAGGUCCAGAAGGACCAGAUAUACCGCGUGCCGCCCCCCGAGAACGCGUACCUCGCCGAGCGGUACCGCACAGAGCGCGCCGGCGGCGGCAAGCGUGCCGGGGACCCCGCGUGCUCGCCGUGCGUGCAGCUCACGGUCGGCCUCGCGGUCACGGCGGCGCUGCUCCUGGGCGCGGGCAUCGCGCUCUUCGUCGUCGUGCUGCGGCCGUAUCCGCCCAGCUUCUCCGUCGACCGGCUCUCCGUCCACAACGCGUCGGCGCAGCACCACGUGGACUACGACUUCUUCCUGACGGCGAUCAACCCCAACAAGGUGACCGCGCUGUGGUACAAGGACGGCGGCAAGGCGACGCUGCUGCACCAGGGGACGGCCCUGGCCAAGGGCGGGGUGGGGAAGCCCGAGGAGGGCGGGGAGGACGCCACGGACUUCAACGUGCUGCUGCACGCCGUCGGCCACCCGCCCCCCAAGGGGGUGGAGAAGGCGCUGAGUAGCGGGUCCAAGAAGGGCUCGCUGGUGGCGCUGGAGCUCGCGGUGGACGUGCCUGUGCAGGUGCACGUCGGCGCGCUCGGGUUCCAGACGACGAGCCUGGCCGUGGUAUGCGACAUCAGAACGGCCGGGCUAAGGAAGGACGUGCACAUUUCGUCGCAGAAUUGCAGGAGCAGCUUCGAUAAAUGACCAUGGUUUGUGCGUUAGUGGGAUCUAUGGCCAGGGCGGCGUGCGGUGGAUGAUGACUGAUGGGCUCGCGUCGUCGUGUGUAAAUUGUAUGUUGGCUCUUGAUCGAGGAGGCUCCGUUGUGUGCAGUAUGUAUACAUUGUUACUAACCAA